GGUUGUUCUCCCCCUUCCUCUGCUCGCCGAUCAGGACAGGAAGAGAGAUCGAGGGAUGGGAAAAUACGACAAGAUCCGCGGCAUAGUUCGCCUCCGGCAGAUUCUUCUGCGGUGGCGGCAACGCGCAUCUGCGGCGGAGGCGUCGUCGUCUCCGCCGCCGGACGUCCCGGCGGGCCACGUGGCGCUGUGCGUGGGAGGCAGCGCGCGACGCUUCGUGGUGCGUGCGUCGCACCUGAACCGCCCGGUCUUCCGGCAGCUCCUCCUCCGAGCCGAGGAGGAGUACGGAUUCGCCUCCGGCCUCGCCGGCCCCGUCUCCCUCCCCGGCGUCGACGAGGCCCUCUUCGAGCGCCUCAUCCGCCUCAUCUCCUCUCCCAGGACCCAGGAUUGCAGCCUCGAGGACUUCGAGGCCAUGCUUCAUACCGCCGUCAGCGACCUAUGCAGGUGCGCUGGCGACUCGCUGCCGCUGCUCCACGGCCGCCGCAGCGCUGACGAACCCGUUUGGUGAUCAUUCAAACUGUAGAAAGAAACAACAGUCAGAAUUUUUCUUCGCCACAUUUUCAUUUCCCCCCUCCUUCUUUUGAUAUUUGCGUGUCGCAAUAAUGGAACUGUAAUGAUUAAAGCGAGCACAGAACUGAGUCAUCCAUUU